AAACGUCAUUUUCCACUUGUUUUUGUUGUGAUCUGAUUAACUCGAAGCGCGACAUCGUUCGAAGCAAAAUUUAUAUUAUAUUUCCGCCGGUAAAACAUGGGUGGAAUAGAUGUGGAGAAUGUGUGCCGCCUGUGCUGCGUGAAUAAAGGUCGUUUGCGGUCAAUUUUCGAGCGGGCACCAAACGAAUCACUCCCACUGCAUAAGAUAAUCACGGACGUCACACGUUUGGAGGUUGAACUUGAAGAUGGAUUGCCAAACCAAAUCUGCAGAGCCUGUGUCAUCACGCUGGGUAAGAUGCAUAAAACCAUCCUGAAGUAUAGGGCAAACGAUGGGAAGUUCCGACAGAUGCUGAGUUCCAAUCCGGUACCACAGGUUGAAAUCAAGGAAGAAGAGGUGGACAUAGAACAACUGGAGGAGACUUUUUUGCAGGAAAUAACCAUCGAGCCUAUCCGAAUCAAAGAAGAACAAGCAGAAGACGAAACGUAUCUGAAUUAUGAACGGCUAGAAGAAAGCAAAGAGUCUGACGUAUCAGAUGCAGAGGCCAAACCCCCAGACCAGGCAGAAGAUGGUUCGGAGACUGAUACCGCCGAUGAAGCUGUUCAGUGUAUGGCCAACGAGAAGAAAAUAAAAGAGUCUAAGAUACCCGCUAGAAAAGAACCGGUUACCGCAAAACCGUCUACCUAUCCACGAAUGGUACCUUAUCGUCGAUACUACUAUGAUGAUGAUCCUAAGCGUCCUCGGAGGGACGAUUACAAAUGCUACAUCUGCAAGAACCGUUCCCAUGGUACACCCGAAGCCCUAUCAUUGCAUUUGAACACUUGCCACACAGAUCUACUGCCGUACACCUGUACGGAAUGUGUAAUGGAAGAGGUAGUUAUUAAGAGUACACUUGCUCUCAAUAACCACAAAAGACAACAUUUAAAUCCAUUGAAAUGUGAACAUUGUGAUAGACGAUACAGCUGUAAGAAUAAUCUAGCCAUGCACGUGCAAUUGUAUCACUCAGACAACAAUUCUUCUCUAACCUGCGAACAUUGCGGAAAAGUGUGUGCUUCAAAACCAUCACUUCACCAUCACAUGAAGCUACAUACCACUGCAGCGGCCUGCGAAAUUUGCGGUAAAGUCUUCAAGGAACGGAGCAAACUGAAACGACACAUCCAAAACCGGCACGAAAAACUUCGAAAAUACGAGUGCCACAUCUGCAAGAAGAAGCUCUCAACCAUACACUCUGUUCACAUUCAUAUCAAAUCGUUCCACUCUGAGAAGAAGUUCAAAUGCAGUUACUGCUCGAAGUUGUUCGGCACGGAGGUAGCUCAACGUAUGCACGAGAAAAAACACCUCAACAAUCCCAAAUUCGAACCGCAAAAGAAUUGGACCGAAUAUUACACUAUUCUGGAGGAAGAUAAGCACAAGCCCAGAUUGACCCAGCGCAAAAAGUGCAACCUUUGUGGACAUGUGACCAGAAACAUUGCCACCCAUCUGGGGAGCAAGCAUUUCCCCACCGAAUAUCGGUGCCACAUCUGUGGCGCGGUUUUCAAAAAGAAAGCUUCCUUCGAAAUCCACGUGCAGGACCACGAGCAUGGCAAGGCCCAUCGGUGUCCAAUCUGUGGGCGAGAGUUUUCCGAGAGGCGACAUCUGAUCGAGCAUCUUCGGACGAAGAAACACCGGGAGCACCCGUUGGCCGUGGCACUGCUCAGUACGGUCAAAAAAACUAUCAAAACGGCUUCCUCCACGAAAAAGAAGGAAGCGAAGUCCGACGACGAAGGCGAAAGUGUGCAGGAAGAGGUGCAAACGGAUUUCGAUAUCGCAACAGAUAGUUUUAUGUAAGAGGUUUGAUGUUAAGUUUUCCUAUACAUGUACCUAUAAGUAACAUCAUAGGAAAUAAACAAAAUAGAUGCUA